UCGCCGGCCGCGGGCACAGGCGGGCACUGCUGGCAGGCAGCGCUGCGCCGCCGCUCCCAAGUUCCUCCUCCUGAUCCGAGCAGCGACGGAGCGGGCCCCGACCCCCGGGGUGCUGCCCGCGUUCUUGGACAGAGGAGUGGGUCCGUGCUGGAGGCGGGGGGCCUCCGGCCGAGACGCUCAUGUUGGGCUGGGGAGGGCGCGUCAGCGAUGCGCGGAGGUGAGGGCUCCCAGCCUUGCCUGGGUCAGCUGUUACCUGGGUGACCCCUCCUCACCCACCUACCCUAGGUUCAGGGGUUAGCACCAACUUCCUUUAGAAGACAUACAGAGGAGGCCCAAAAACACUGCCUGCCUCCCCAAGAGGGAUGGUGAGACGCUUGGGCCCUCCUUCCCACAGCCUGGCCAGGGGCAGCUCCUAGGCCCUUCCCACAGCGCCCUCUGCCCAGGCACCCCUGAGAGAGGGAAGCCCAGACCACCAUCCUACCCCGUGGGAUCAGCUGUGUCCCUCUACCUCUGAGACAAGAACCAUGGGGAAGCUUCCUGCUGCUGCAUCCUACACCCCCCCCCAUACCCAAACCAGGUCCCGCUGCAGUGGUGGGGGUUGGGGGAACUCAUUCCUGCCACCUGCCUGUAGUGGGAGGAGAAGCAGUAACCCUAGCCAGCCUCCCUUCCUUCCCCAGGUAGGAAGUUUUGAUGUUUGGCUGUGAGGGUGCCAGCUCUUCUCCUGCCAUCGUUGCCAGAGCCCACCACAAACACAUUAUGCCGGGAGUCAGGGCCUCCAGGCCCCAGGCCGGCCUCUCCUCUCAGUCUGGAAGUCAGUCAGCCUAGCCUUUGCCCUCUGCAUUGGGAGGCACAGGCUGUUUACAGCAGGAGGAGGUCUGUGACUAGCCUGUGGGGCAGGGUGUUGCUGUGGGCAGCCUCCAGAAGGGAGCUCCCUGGGCCCCAUGGAAUCAGAAGCUUCCAGGUCUGGAAAGGCCAACCUUUUGGGCUCUUGUCGCUCAAGCUGUGUCUAGGCUGAGGCCCAAGUCUUGGCCAGGAAGUCUUGGUGACCCUUGGUGACCUUCCCCAAAGGGGGGUUCCUGGGAGAGGCCAAGCGGUGCCUUUCUUUAUUUAUCUCUGUCCCCCUCCUUCUCCCUACAUGGGGAUGGACAGACUGAUUGUUCCAGGGAUGGAAGCCUGUGGGAGCACUGAUUGUCCCCAGUGCCAAGCCCAGCAGGGGCCAAGAGGGGCUUUUUCUACCACAUGCUAAGUUCAGGUCAGCUAAGGUCUUGGUGCUUUCAACUUGGCUGAGGUCAUCCUGUUCCUCUCUAAUUAAAGACACCCCACCACCACCAGAGUCCUCAGCCCCAAGUCUCUGCACUCAAGCCGUCCAGUCCUUAGGCUGACUGGUUCAUGUCAAGCCAGACUCCUCUAUGAAGGUCUCUUUGUGAGGGGAGAUCAGUGUCCCAGCUGCUUUGGAGGUCAGUGGGGAGAGCUCCCCAGCCCUGGAGUUCCAGGGGGUUUUAGUUUGCAUGUGAUAAGAAUAACAGGCCAACAUUAAUAACCAUCCUGUGACUUGAGAUGCACCUUCUCUCCUCAGGUUCAAAGCAGCUUGAGGUAUCUGUCAUCUGGGAGAGCUUUCUCCCCCCAGCCUUCCUGGGAGGCAAGGAAGGGCCAUUCACAAUAGUACAUUAAGACCCUGAAAUUAAGACACUAUUCCAAAUCACAAAGGGUGUUUCUGGCCAAACCAGAAACAGCGGCCUCCUGACUCCUAGUCAAGUGCUCUAUCUGCACACUCCCAGCCCGGCCCCUCAAUUUGUUCCCACCUAAUCGGCAACUCUGAAGCCUCUGAGAUGCUGGCCUCCUGUUGGCCUGAACUCAUGCCCCUCAGAGAACAAGUGCUAGCAGCUCCUCCACGGACUCUCUGGAAGCGAUGGGGUGAUAGAAGUGAUACGGGUCCCCAUGAGUCAGAGGUCAGGUAUUCUAGGGUGGGAGGAGUCCAUCUGUGGCUGGGGCUCUCUGCAGGGAAAUCUAGGGGCAGAUUUCUGAAGACAGUGGGGUUCUCUGCUGGGAGUACACAAAGGGACACUUGGGAAGAAAAGUGGGGCAGUUCCCAUGAGAACCUAUACCCAGGGGAUUAUGGGACAUCCCACCCUACUUCAGCGCUGCUUAAAGUUAAGGUUAAAGAGAGAGAGUGGAAUCCUCUGGGAGUGGAGUCUCCUGGGUGGCUGUCUCCGUGUACUGAUGGGCCAGGUCACCUUGGGGUCAGCUCACAACCCUCUCACGGACCUCGGUGUCCUUGGGGGUUAACAGGAAAGGCCAAGUGGAUCAAGAGCCUGUGCUGCAGACAGACUUGGGAGGCUGUGCCCACCAGGGUAGGCAGCAGGCAGGCGUCAUGGGGCAGCCAAUCAGAGGAGAUGGGGACUGCAGAGAAACCGAGUGAUCCCGCUGCAGCUGAGCUGUCCUUGGAGGGUAGGAGCCCAGGGAAGGGGAGGAGGAGGGGUGGGGAAGGACAUUCCACAGGCUUUUUUGGCCCCUGACAGAGACAGGGAGGUCAAAGAGAAAGGGAAAGGAGCAAGCCAGGAAGCUGGAUUACAACAAGAGCAUCAAGACCAGGCUGUUUCUGUGUGUGAGGAACUUUGCCUGGGAGACGAAAUUAGACCUAGAGCUUGCUGACAGGGAUUCUGAAGCGUGGGACAUGGACCAUUCACUGGGACUGCAAGGCAGUUCUGUCCCUGAGGACAGGACUGAAGCUGGGAUCAAGCGCUUCCUGGAGGACAAGGAUGGUGCAGAACUGAACAAGUUCGUGAAGGAUUUCCCAGGAAGCGAGAGCUGCCACCAACCAGAGGCCAAGACCUGGGCGUCCAGGCCCCAGAUUCUGGAGCCAAGGCCCCAGGCCCCGGAUCUCUCCCAGGAUGACCUGGAGUUCAGACCCCCCUCGUGGCCCCAGCCCUCUGACAGCCAGCAGUACUUCUCUGCCUCAGUCCCUCUCAGCCCCUCAGCCCGGCCCCGCAGCCCGUGGGGCAAGCUUGAUCCCUAUGACUCCUCUGAGGAUGACAAGGAGUACGUGGGCUUUGCGACUCUCCCCAAUCAGGUCCACCGAAAGUCCGUGAAGAAAGGCUUUGACUUUACCCUCAUGGUGGCAGGAGAGUCUGGCCUGGGGAAAUCCACCCUUGUCAAUAGCCUCUUCCUCACUGAUCUGUACCGGGACCGGAAACUCCUCAGUGCUGAAGAGCGGAUCAUGCAAACUGUGGAGAUCACUAAACAUGCAGUGGACAUCGAAGAGAAGGGCGUGAGGCUGCGGCUCACCAUCGUGGACACACCAGGUUUUGGGGAUGCAGUCAACAACACAGAGUGCUGGAAGCCUGUGGCAGAAUACAUCGAUCAGCAGUUUGAGCAGUAUUUCCGAGAUGAGAGUGGCCUGAACCGCAAGAACAUCCAAGACAACAGGGUGCACUGCUGCCUGUACUUCAUCUCGCCCUUCGGCCACGGGCUCCGGCCAUUGGAUGUUGAAUUCAUGAAGGCCCUGCAUCAGCGGGUCAACAUCGUGCCUAUCUUGGCUAAGGCGGACACACUGACACCUCCUGAAGUGGAGCGCAAGAAACGCAAAAUCCGGGAGGAGAUUGAGCGCUUUGGAAUCAAGGUCUACCAGUUCCCAGACUGUGACUCUGAUGAGGAUGAGGACUUCAAAUUACAGGACCAAGCCCUAAAGGAAAGCAUCCCAUUUGCUAUAAUUGGCAGCAACACUGUGGUAGAGGCCAGAGGGCGGCGAGUUCGGGGCCGGCUUUACCCCUGGGGCAUUGUGGAAGUGGAAAACCCAGGGCACUGCGACUUUGUGAAGCUGAGGACAAUGCUGGUGCGUACUCACAUGCAGGACCUGAAGGAUGUGACACGGGAGACACAUUAUGAGAACUACCGGGCACAGUGCAUCCAGAGCAUGACCCGCCUGGUGGUGAAAGAACGGAAUCGCAACAAACUGACUCGAGAGAGUGGUACCGACUUCCCCAUCCCUGCUGUCCCACCAGGGACAGAUCCAGAAACAGAGAGGCUGAUCCGAGAGAAAGAUGAGGAGCUGCGGCGGAUGCAGGAGAUGCUGCACAAAAUCCAAAGACAGAUGAAGGAGACCCAUUAGCUGGCUUUCAGCCUUGGAUAUUUAAAUCUCCUCCUCUUCAUCCUGCCCAUGCCGGCCCCUCCCAGCACCAGCUCUGCCCAGGCCCCUGCAGCUACUGCCACUUCGCCUUACAUCCCUGCUGCCUCCCCAGAGACUCAGAGGAAAUAAAGUUUAACAAAUCUAUAGGA